CUCUGUGUCUGAAUGAAAGAACCUCCCUCUCCCACUCUCUCCUGCUGUCUGUAUGCAUGGCUUCUGUCCACUGCAGCAAGAGAGCACAUGUCCAGAGCAAACACAAUGAGACUCUCCAAGUGACUUCAAGCUGUAAGUAAAUAUUUUGGAGAAAUUUCGACUGAAGUUUCCAUUUUUGUCCCUCUUUCCAAGAAGCUGGAAUACUUCUUAGCAAUGUGAGGAUACAGAGAAGAACUAAUUUUUGAGAAAGUGUCAUGUGAUGGAGAUUAAGUUUCGGUUACUGGAAGAUUUGGAUUUCUCUCUUUGAAGAAUUUUAUCCACAGGUGCUUUUGUAGAUACUCCAACCUCCUCACACCACCUGGACAUCUUCUCACCAUCAAAAUAAUUCACUGGAUCUGGAUCAGUUUGACCUUAUCUUAUUUACACACAAUCAUAAGGGCAGCUUGCCAUAUAAGCACGAUGUGUGGGUUGAUACAUUAAAUGGAGCAAUUCUGAGUGCUUUGUAGGUCUCUGGCCAACUUGCAGGCAAGUGUGAUGUUGGGUCAGUGUCUUUGAUACACAAAUUCACACUUCUACACACACACACAUGGUUGCCUGAAACUGCAGGGACCAGGACAUCAAAUGAGGACAUCUAAUACACCAAACUUUUUCAGAAAAGCUAACUUUGAGUCUCACACCUGUGCAUGACAGAUGCUGUCAGAAAUGUAACAUGCAUUGUUUUAAAACAAGGCUUCCCUCUUCUCACAUAUUAUAGUAAAAUAUCACACACAAGCCGCUUUGACUUACGGCAGCAUUCGGUCAAGAGCCAAGCUAUCCUGAACUGAAAGACAGCAUCUUCGCACCAUGACCCUACAGGCUUGCAAUUUGCAGCAUGCCCUGCUCCCUCACCUCCUUCUCCCCAUCCUGCUGUUGCUCCUCCAGGCCUGGCGGGGGUGCUGUCACCCCCAGUGUUUAGACUACAAGCCUCCGUUUGAGCCCCGGCAACCACUGGUCUUCUGUAAAGAGUAUUCCAAGUUCGGAUGCUGUGAUCUGGAGAAAGAUGAGGCGAUAUCAGUCAAGUUUUACACCAUCAUGGACAACUUUGACCAUUCAGGUUACAUAUCCUGUGGCAGGUACAUACGCAGCAUCCUCUGCCAGGAGUGUUCUCCAUAUGCUGCCCACCUGUAUGAUGCUGAAGAUGCUAACACACCCAUGCGGAUGCUGCCUGGACUGUGCGGCGAUUACUGCUCCGACUACUGGCAGCAGUGUCGGUACACAGUCAGUCUCCUCUUGGAGGACUCGGGGAGCCCGCAGCAGUUUGCAAACCUGACUGCAACGAUCGAAGAAGAUCGCAGAAAGUUCUGUGACUUCCUGGAGCUGAAGGACAAACAGUACUGCUAUCCUAACGUAUUGACAAAUGCAGAGCUAAAUGCUAACCUUGGCUUUGUACGUGAGGAUCCCAAAGGAUGUCUGGAGCUGUGCUUGCAGGAGGUUGCCAACGGGCUCCGUAACCCUGUGGCCAUGAUCCAUGCAGAUGAUGGAACUCAUCGAUUCUUUGUGGCGGAGCAGCUGGGUUAUGUGUGGGUGUAUCUGGCCAACGGCUCCAGGAUCGACCGUCCUUUCCUCAACCUCACCCAUGCUGUGCUCACAUCGCCGUGGGCUGGAGACGAGAGGGGAUUCCUCUGCAUAGCCCUACACCCAAGGUUGAACACUGUCAGAAAAGCCUACGUGUAUUACUCUGUGUCUGUCAAGAAGGAGGAGAGGAUACGUAUCAGCGAGUUCACACUGUUAACACAUGAUGACAACCAACUAGACCACUCCUCUGAGAGAACCAUCCUUGAGGUGGUAGAGCCGGCAUCCAAUCACAAUGGAGGACAGCUUCUAUUUGGCCAUGACGGGUAUCUUUACAUCUUCAUUGGUGAUGGUGGUCGAGCUGGGGACCCAUUUGGAAAGUUUGGCAAUGCACAGAACAAGUCAACGCUCCUCGGCAAAGUGCUGCGUGUUGAUGUCGACAACAAUGAUGAUGGCGCCCCGUACAGUAUUCCUUCAGACAACCCGUUCUUGGGGGAGAAGGAAGCACGACCCGAGAUUUAUGCCUAUGGAGUUCGCAACAUGUGGCGUUGCUCCAUUGACCGUGGUGACCUCGCUACAGGCCGUGGCAGAGGCAGGAUGCUUUGUGGUGACGUAGGCCAGAACAAAUAUGAAGAGGUGGACCUCAUUGUUAAAGGAGGCAACUAUGGAUGGAGGGCCAAAGAAGGCUUCAGCUGCUACGAUCGCAAACUCUGUCAAAACUCCUCGCUAGAUGACAUCUUGCCUAUCUUUGCCUACCCACACAAGUUGGGCAAAUCAGUGACAGGAGGAUACAUCUACAGAGGUUGUCAGAUGCCCAACCUCAACGGACUCUACAUCUUUGGGGAUUUCAUGAGUGGGCGUCUGAUGUCUCUGAAGGAGAAUGUCACCGCAGGUGAAUGGCAGUACAAUGAGAUCUGCAUGGGGAGAGACCAGACCUGCAGAUUCCCCAAACUCAUCAACAGUUACUAUAAAUACAUCAUCUCUUUUGCUGAGGAUGAAGCAGGUGAACUGUAUUUCUUGGCCACGGGAGCCCCGAGUGCCACAGCCAGAGCAGGAGUCGUCUAUAAGAUAGUGGACCCUUCCAGGCGAGCACCGCCUGGAAAAUGCAGCAUUAAGCCUUUACCUGUUAAGAUAAAGGGAAAACUGAUUCACUUCCACCCCAAAGAAGAGUUUGUAAUCAACAAGAAACCAACCACCACACCUGUACCCACGACAACCACAAGAAAAACUACAACAACGACAAAAACACCACCAAGAAGAAAAUCACCAAUAAUAAUAAUAAAACCGCCAAUGCCAACAAGAAAAACAAUAAGAAAAACACCACUACGACCACCACCAACAGCAACAACAACAAGAAAAACAACAUUACAGACAACGGGAAAAACAACCAGAAAAGCACCACCACCAACAACAACAACAACAAGAAAAACAACAUUACAGACAACGAGAAAAACAACAACGAGAAAAACACCAACAACAACUAUAAAAGCAACAACAACAAUAAAAACAACCUCAGCAACAACAAUAAAACCAACAACCGUACCAACAACUGUCCAGACGGCCAUGGCAACAACCCCCGCCACAACCACACCCACUGGUUAUCGCACAACCAUCAUGACUUCAGCUGUCUCUAGGAUUGCUCAAACCCCAAUCAACACCCCACCUCCAACCAGGAGACACGAGAGACCCCUUCAGUACCCCCCUCGAACCACCCCCCAACCUUUAACCUCAACACAACCUCCUUCUUCUCCAUCCACAACAUCCCUGAAACAACCCCAGAUGGCUCUGACCUCUGCACUUUACCCUGAGCAUCCUGGAGCAUUGACCACACCUAGGCCACCAUAUUGGAGCCAGAAACCCACGGCAUCAGACCACAAGCCCCAGAGACCACCAAUCAACACAACACUGCCUAAAUCACAGGAAGAGAGGCAGUGGCUUGGAGAGAAGCUGGAAAGCGCUGGGGAGGGUAACCAAGUAUAUAAGAGGCCUCGAGGAAGAGGUAGAGGUCACGGUUACAAGAGACGUAGAAGGCUGCGGGUCGGCUCAGUGCGUCUGGUAAGCGUUGAUGGUUUAUCAGAUCGAGGUAGAGUGGAGAUCUUUAUCCGUGGUGAGUGGGGGACAGUGUGCGAUGACCUUUUCACCAGCAAAGCAGGUACUGUAGUGUGCCGACAGCUCGGCUUCACAACGGUGUUGGCGGUGAUGAAGAGGGCUGCGCUGGGGGAGGCAGACAGCAGCGUCAGGAUCCUGUUGGAUGACGUGGAGUGUGAGGGCGGGGAGAGAUCGCUGCUGGAGUGCAAGAGAUCCAGGGUUGGGAAACACAACUGCUCACAUGGGGAAGAUGUAGGGGUGAUCUGCCGUUAGCACAGAGGGAUGAAAGUAAAAGAAAAAUAUAGGAAGGAAAGGAGGAGACAGUGGAGUGAUGUACAGUUAUCACAUACAGGAAGUGACAGGAAGAGAAGAAGAGAGUAUUUGAAAAAGGUACAGGGUUUUUAAAGAGUGCACAUUUUUAAGCAUUAAUGUUGAUGAUGUCAGUUUGCUAAAAUUUCCAUGAAUUGUAUUUUUUCAUGUUUUCCAGUUUUACCUAUUGAUGUUUCAUUUUUCAUUUCCCAUCCACUGCUAAAUGCAAAUAAUUUCCAUGUACAUCACCUUAAAAUACUGUCUGUGUGUUUUUUUUACACAAACCAGAGGCGCAAACUCACUCAGUCCACUGUUUUGUAAAAUCUAACCAAGUACAUAACAUAAGUUAUUAUAGAUUAUAGAGAAUAUCAACACAUAAACCAUUAUUCCAGAUUUCAGUUACAGUACUUAGCCUACCUAUUCCUAGCCAAGGGAAGCUCAGGUACUUCUCCAACACUCAUUAUUAACCACUGUGUAACGAAGGGCCUGGUCAUAUCAGCAUUUAUUAGAGUGAUUCUGUGAUUCAGACUGAAUCAAGUAAUUUCAGUGGAAUUGCUUGCAAAAGCUGCUGAGAACUGAACUUUGACAUGCAAAUGUGCAUUGUUGAUCAUCCAAUUACCCUACUCUACUUAGAGUGUAAAUUGUUCAACAAGAGAGAUGCAGCAUGAUUUGCGGUCAGUCAUGACACAGCAGUGGAUGGUACGUACCCUUGAAAUAACCGUGCUGACUUACUGUCCAGUUAGUGAACAAAAGUCCAAAUAGUCACUAUGUCACCAAGCUUCAUGCACCACCCAAAUGAAUUUCGCUAUGCCACAUUCUGGUUUAUAAAAAAACAUACUCAGUCUCAUUAGUAUUGUUCUCGGUAAAGAUGGCGACAGUUGAUGAAGGAUCAUUGUUAGGAGAGUGCAAGUGAUAAUAAUACCAAGUUGUUUGAUGUUUGUCGUUUUACUUCUUCAAGCAUCAACACAUGUUUUUUUCAUGAAUACAAAUGAUUUUGAUUUACUCAAAAACGGUCAACAUUUAGGAAGUCUUGUAGAAACGUUAAUCAUAUUCUGGCUGUGUGUUCUGUUUACAGACUUACAUCCAUGAGGCAAAAAGACAGCAUAUAGAUAGUCAAUUGUGUUCUAGGAAGAUAUUUGUAUUUUUGUAUUGCAUAAUUUCAGCAGGUCUAUUUUCUAAAGCAACUUUUUACAAUUUGCAUUUUGAUACCUUUUUGAAUGUAGUUUUAAGAUGAACAAAAAUCUAAAGAAUUUUAACAAGGAAAUGCUGGACAUUCUGUGUGAUGAAUGUAAUAAAAAGUUUCCAGUUUUAUAUGAAGAGACUUGAGGGCACAGAGUGCCUGUGAUACGAAUAAAGUUUUACUGCAAAAUGA